AUGCUGUUCUACUUUAGCUACACUGUGCUGUCCUACUUUAGCUACACUGUGCUGUCCUACUUUAGCUACACUGUGCUGUGCUACUCCAUGCUGUUCUACAUUAGCAACUCCAUGUUUUUCUACUUUAGCUACUCCAUGUUGUUUUAUUUUAGCUACACUGUGCGGUCCUACUUUAGCUACUCCAUACUGUCCUACUUUAGCUACUCUGUGCUGUUCUACUUUAGCCACACUGUGCUGUCCUACUUUAGCUACACUGUGCUGGCCUACUUUAGCUACACUGUGCUGUCCUACUUCAGCCACACUGUGCUGUCCUACUUUAUCUACACUGUGCUGUCCUACUUUAGCUACACUGUGCUGUCCUACUUUAGCUACACUGUGCUGUCCUACUUUAGCUACACUGUGCUGUUCUACUUUAUCUACACUGUGCUGUCCUAUUUUAGCUACACUGUGCUGUCCUACUUUAUCUACACUGUGCUGUCCUACUUUAUCUACACUGUGCUGUCCUACUUUAGCUAA